CAGGCUGUGACACAGUUCGGAGCAUCUCUGAGAGUUGUGAUCAGAGAAAUUGAGUGAGUGAAGGGAGAAAUGUGUGGGACGAGCAGUUUGAUGAAUAAGGCGAAGCCUUAUGUGCUAAUGGUGGCAUUGCAGUUUGGGAUAGCAGGGACUGUGCUGUUCGGGAUGACCAGUAUGAAGCACGGUGUCAAUCGUUUUGUGUUUAGUGCCUAUCGCAAUGCCUUUGCUGCUCUCUCCCUCGCUCCUUUUGCUUUCUUCCUUGAUAGGAAAGUGAGGCCCAAAAUGACAAUCUCUGUAUUUUUACAGAUCAUGCUUCUCGGCUUUCUGGAGCCGGUGGUGGACCAAGGUUUCACUUUCCUGGGGAUGCAGUACACUUCAGCCACCUUUGCGUCUGCUAUUAUGAACACCGUGCCCUCCAUCACCUUUGUAUUAGCUAUCAUCUUUAGGUUGGAGCGUUUGAUGAUAAGGGAGGCAGGGAGCAUAGCGAAGGUGGUGGGAACGAUGGUGACGUUUGGAGGGGCGCUGCUGAUGACGCUGUACAAAGGCCCCAUCGUACCCCUUUUUCAUUCUGCAAUUAGUGCAAGCAAGCAGCAGGCAGAGGGACGCCAUGAUUCCCCUCACAAACACUGGCUCACCGGCACACUUUUCAUACUCCUAGGUUGUGCCGCUUGGUCUUGUUUCUUCAUCUUGCAGUCGAUAACGGUGAAGAAGUACCCGGCGGAACUGUCACUGGCGUGCUUGAUAUGCUUAGUGGGCAGCUUGCAGAGCGGAGCGGUGGCUCUUAUAUCGGACCACCACCCCGGAGCUUGGUCUGUCGGCUGGGACUACAGGCUCUUUUCUCCUCUCUACGCGGGAAUAGCUGGGUCGGGGAUAGCGUAUUACAUGCAAGGAUUGGUGCUGCAGACCAAAGGCCCAGUGUUCGUGACGGCCUUCUAUCCCCUCUGCAUGGUCAUCGUUGCUGCUCUGGGCUCCUUCCUUCUGUCCGAACAACUCCAUCUCGGAAGUAUAAUAGGAGGGAUGAUUAUCGCGGCGGGUCUGUACUGUGUGGUGUGGGGAAAAGGCAAGGACGAGCUGGCAGACCCGACGCCACCGGCAACAGUGAAGGAAUCAGCACAAGAGCUUCCAGUUACCUCAAUGGAUACUGCUGACAAACCUAUUUAUUACCAAACCCCCAAGUGAACAGAGAAUGACGUGCUCACCGCGAAGACAAAACGAAGAAGUCAAGUAACUGGUGGUUGUUAUAUAUAUACACACGUUGUUCAAGCAAAGUUUUCCUGUUUUUGCGUAAAAUGACAAGCUGUAAUUGCCUCCUAAUUUUGCAGCACGUCGUGGUUUGGUUUUGUUAGAGAAGAGAAUUACACUGAGCUACCAAACAAAAAAAAUAAUUAUUAAGAAGUUUCAAUAACAAUUUAAGUGAGCUGUAAUGACAAGUUUCAGGGUAGAAUAUAACACCUCUUAAAACUUAUUUUAUAAUUAUUUUUUUGAGAUUUUAUUGUAAUUCUUCCAUCUUGUCUGUGUCAUGUCUGCACUUUAGCUUUCCCAAUGAAUAAAUCCUUACCUGGAGCUGACAUGGAUCCUUCAUUAUCUGUA